CGAAUCCCCUAUCACUACAUCUCACCGCACCUCACCGCACCGCACCGCAUCGACAGUUCCUACUCUCUCCUCCCCCUUCUCUCUCUCCUCUCUCUGUGACACCUCUGAAUCUCCGACCAUCACCAUGAAUUACCUCCACCAUCCUUACGCAUUCACCGGCCAUGCGGCCGUCCCGAUGGAACAACCGGUUGCCUUUGACCCGACAAUGGCCCAUCCUUCUAUGAUACAUCCAAUGGAUGGCUACCUUUACCCUCACCCGCCGUUUGACAUGGUCGACUUCUACCACCAACCCAUCAUGGACUACGAAGAAUAUGCAGAGAACCUUUCCCGGCCAAGAUUGACGAAAGAACAAGUCGAGACCUUGGAGGCCCAAUUUCAGGCUCACCCCAAACCCAGUAGCAACGUCAAGCGCCAAUUGGCCGCUCAGACCAACCUGAGUCUGCCACGAGUUGCUAACUGGUUCCAGAAUCGCCGAGCAAAGGCCAAGCAACAGAAAAGGCAAGAGGAGUUCGAGAGGAUGCAGAAGGCCAAGGCUGAGGCUGAAGAAGCCGCUCGAGGCAAGUCAGAGUCCUCGGAGAGCCCAGAAACGAAGGAGGACGCCAAAGAUUCGAAAGAUGAGACCGAUAAAGAUACCCCCAAACAAUCAGUGGAGAACGCUGGUGAGCGGACAAAAACUCCGGCCCCUUCAUCCUCCCGCUCUAAGCACCAGAAGACGAGAAGCGAGUCCGCACGCGAGGCGACCUUUGCUUCCCUGCAAAGAGCGUUGAAUGCUGCUGUUGCUGCCCGUGAUCGAUAUGGCCAGGAUGGUGAAAACAGCCAGUCACCCAGUGUGGAUGGAUCAGUAUCUCCGACGACAACAUUCUCAGGCAACAACCGAUGCAGCAGCCACGAUAGUAGCAGACAUGGGCAGGGAGACCUCAGUACUUCCUUCUCUCAAAAUACUAUCUCCUGGACGUCGUCGCAAAGCCCCCACGAUGCCCUUGGGUAUGUGACCGCGGGGGAGUCGAUGACUAUACCUGGUCUGGACGGCACUCAGCACGAUAAUGCCGCCCACGACUCCAUGCACAGUGUGCAGUUUCACCACUCACAGAGCGAGGAUUGGACGCACCAUAUUCAUGCAUCGACAAAGCCCCUCUCUGACUACCGUUCGGCCAGCGAUGCUGAGGUUUCUUAUAAUGCUGUGCAAUAUCCUCUGCAGCAAGAGCUGUCACUGUCUAGGCGAGGCUCGUCUGAUGAACUGGCUGAUACGCUUGAAGGAAUUGGCAUUAAUACCCCUCACAGCAUCUCGCAGCUUGUGAAUGGAAGCGACCAGUCCUCCUGGAAAGAGCAUGGCAAGGAACUUGACCUCGCAGCCCGCAGAAAGCGCCCGAGGCCGGCUGCCAUCGGCACCUCGAGAUCGUCUUCCAUGCUAGCGGGUUCAUCCACCAUGUCGCCUACUACAAGGCUUCCGAGUUACAGCGCCGGCCAUGGCGUGAGACAAUCCAAGUCUGCACAGGGCCUCAACUCCCGCUACGCGGGUGUGAGAAAGGCGUCGGCGGCUCAACGUUCACCUCUCAAUUUGUCUACUUUCGCUGAAGCCGGGGCUCUGGGCUCCAAAGCUGACAUAACAUCCAUGCUACAACCCGCUGUUACGACAGGGGGUUUGGCGCCGCCAACACCCUUGACCCCGGAGGAUCUGCACCACCUGCUCCCGACUACUCCUAGCGAUGGUGGGUACUGUCUGUCGGCACAACCAUCCAGCCAAUUGUUUCCUACCACACAGCCGAUGCAGAUAAAUAUCGCAUCACCUCCGGCUACUCCCUUGGCCGUGGAUGUCCUCUCUUCCUACCCCUACCAGGGUGUCGCUCCUCCGAUGUCUGCGCCUGCUCAUUACACGUCAUUUGCUGAUUACGCUGCAUGUGAUGGUCCCCUGACGGGCAGGAGUUGGACUGAUGCCACGUCAAUGCCAUCUCCGGAAGCAUCCUUCCAGAGCCCCUGCCAACUUCCACAGGCGGAUUUGUCGGCUAUGUCGUAUGAGCAGGCUAUGGAACAUGGGGCCGACCAUGUGCCUGUGACCGGGUCUCCCUCCCUGGUCUACCCAACCAGUGACGUUGAUAUGUCGACUUCGGCCGCCUUCAGCGGCGAUUCGAAGCAUACCGAGUUCCACAUCUAUGAGUUUCCGGAGCAGCAGGAAGCUCACCGAUUUGUUGCACAGCAGCUUCCGUCACAGAAGCCUAAAGCUUAUACCUUCACCAACAACCAAACCCCGAACGACUUUUGAAAACCACGCAGGAACGCCACAAAAAUCUGGUUUGCGCACGUAACAUUCCUUUCGCCAGUCAAAUGUUUCUCGGUGGGCCUGUAAUUUAAC